AAAAUUUGCUUAUUUAAGUGAAACUGAAAGCAAGCUUAUAACUUAGAGAAGCCUACUACAACUGACCAAUUAUCAAAUAGGUGGAACCGAGGAGACUCAGACAAAGGAAGUUCCACAAAUGGGUUCAAUGGGUGAACCUCCUGUCGCCUCGAAUCAUCAAGAAAACCAAAGCCAGCCACUUGGAAGGCCAUGGAGCACCGGACUGUUCGAUUGCCACGAAAAUCAGACCAACGCCGUUAUGACAGCCUUUUUCCCAUGUGUUACAUUUGGGCAGAUUGCAGAAGUUCUAGAUGGUGGAGAAAUGGCUUGCCAUUUGGGGAGCUUCAUAUACUUAUUGAUGAUGCCUGCACUGUGUUCUCAAUGGAUAAUGGGAUCAAAAUAUAGAACAAAGCUGAGGAAAAAAUAUGGUUUGGUGGAAGCUCCGUAUACAGAUGUGAUCUCCCAUGUCUUUUGUUCUUGUUGUUCCCUUUGUCAGGAAUUCAGAGAGCUCAAAAUCAGAGGACUUGAUCCUGCCCUUGGAUGGAAUGGAAUCCUUGCCCAACAACAGGCAAGACAGUAUCAAGGUGAAACGCAAGACGUUCCUCCUCCGGCUCAAGCCAUGUCUAUGUGAAGAUUUAAACAGCUCCUGAGAAAUUUCAAGUUUAUUGGAAACAACUUUGUCUGAAUUCUUCGUUUGUUUGUUUGUUUGUUUGUUUUAUUUUAUUUUAUUUUAUUUUAUGUUCGAUGUUUCUUUAUUUGUUUGUCAGUUAAGUUUCAAUGCUUGUGGUUUGCUGUGUUUGUUAUUGUUGUUCUAUAAAGAAUUUGGAAGCAAAUGAGUGGAGCAACUGUAAUGUUCACAGCAU